AUGGCAGAAUACGGGUGGCAUGUUGGAAGAUUGCAUGAUUCUGAUACUGACAUAUAUGAAGCUGCAAAGAGACCAAGAACUGAUGAUAUCACCUAUGCUAAAAGACAGGAAGAUCCAUUAAAAAGCCCUUUAGUUAACAUUUUCUCCUGGAUGGUUGAUUUUCCUUCUCGUAACUAUUUUGUCAAAAAGUUUCUUGGGACAUUUAGAUCAGCAAAACCUAUUGAUAAUUUACAAAACAAUACAGCAAGAGAAAAUUUAAAUAUGGCUACUAAACGGAUCGAAUGUCAUCACACAAAAGAUAACCCUGGAUUUUCGGAAAAACAAUUAACUAGAGCACCUCUUCAUAGUGGAAGGAAUGAGUAUCGAUCAUUAUUAUCUGUUGGAACAUCAAAACAUUCUUUUAAUAAACCUCAUUUCAAUGGUUGCAAAGAAUCAUUUCAAAGUAAGUAA